AUGAUGAAUGAAUAUCUUUGCCGAAAUUUCGUCGCUGAUCAAAUUUUAACAGAAAUUGUACCUCAACCACUGCGCGGAAGAGACAUCGAUAGUCAGAAAUCCACUGUAGAGUCGCAAUCGGCUAACCACGUUGUUAAAGAAAAGAUGCUGUCAGACGAAGGGUCAUUAGGAUAUAAAAACUGGCUAAAUAGAAUGACCACAUUGGAAGAUAUUUAUCGUCAUUAUGAUGAACCGCCCUUACAUGAUGAUUCUCUUACAGUCAAAAAUAUAUCUAGGGGUUCUGAAUCAGAUGAGGAAGAGUAUGAAAGAGGCCAAGUCACUGGCUAUGCUAUACCUCAAUAUGUUAAUCACAUGCCAAACACUAAGCAAGAAGUAGUAGCGGUUAAUCAGCAAGAUUAUCGAGCUAAUCAGAAAAUAUUUAAAUAUGGAGGAGGCGACGUUCAUGAGAUUUACGAAUACCCAGCUAGUGCAGGUAAUGACUAUGGAUAUGGUGGAACUCAUCAAAUUCAUCAUUUUAUUGAAACACAUGGCGGUCAUGACGACAGUAAUGCAGAAGAUCAUAGUGACGAACAGGAAGAUCAUGGCAGUUACAAAAAGGAUCUAGCUCUGCAUGAGAUUUUUGACAUUGCUCUUACUACUUUGGCAUUUUUGUCUUUUGGUUGCUUUAUGCUUCAAGUCGUAAUGUGCAUAACUUCGGAUGCAAAUGUUCAGAUGACAAUGCUUCCAAUGGGAAUGGGCGUAGAUCCUGGUGUUGCUCCAACAGCUCCUGAAUUUCGAACUCGCAGAGAUAUAACAAGAAACAGCACCGACGAUAUUAACGAGUUGGGCCGCCGUAUACUUCAAAGUUUUGAUGCAGUACUUGUAGCCUCUCAAGAUGAAGGAGCGUGCCUUAGAAGAAUUAUUUGCGAUAAUAAUCGAUACUCAAGAACUAGAACUGACCGACAGAAAUAUUGGUUACCAAUUUGGGGAUUAGGCCUGAGUUGGUUGUCCGGUCAUCUGCAUGUGAAGUCUUCUCCUGCAACAUCCAUUUUAAGCAGCUUAAGGGCUUCCAUACUAGGCCUAGGAGGUGCUGAUUGUUCAAGUACUUUGCUUCAUUGUGACCUUAAAUAUUUGAAGACUAAAAAGCAUAAAAUAUAA